AUGUCCCACGUGGCUGAUGAGCAAGUUGUCCAAUUCUCCCUCGAGGAGGUCCAGUCAACGAGGUUUCGGGCAUCGCGCACUCUCUUGGGGAGAUUAUUCACUAAUGAUACGAUUUCGACGUUGCAGCUACGUGAUGGUUUGCUUGAUGCAUGGAAGCUACGUGGACAGCUCAAGGUCUUGAAAACCAAGUAUGGCUUGUUUGAGAUUAUUCUGCCGAAUGAGGAAGCAAAGAAGUGGCCAUUAGCUCGUAGCCCUUGGAUCAUCAAGGACAAGUUGCUGACGCUUCGCUCCUGGUCUCCGAACAUCACCAAGCAAAAUUUUGAGGAGAUGUCCCUGGCCCCUUUUCGGCUCCAGCUUUGGUGA